AUGGCAACCCCAGUAAAGUCGAAGCUUUUUGUUGACACAAGGGCUGAGAAGGUUAUUUUCGCAGAAGCCGGCAAAUCAGCCAUGGCAACCACAGUAAAGUUGAAGCUUUUUGUUGACACAAGGGCUGAGAAGGUUAUUUUCGCAGAAGCCGGCAAAGACUUCAUAGAUUUUCUUGUCUACUUUCUUUCUUUGCCAGUGGGUACUGUGGCUAGGCUCUUAAAAGGGAAAGGCACGGUGGGUUCCCUAAGUAACCUCUAUAAAAGCGUUGAAAAUCUCAGUGAAUCCUUCUUCAAACCGAACCAAACCAAGAAUUCACUACUAAAUCCUAGAGCUCCAAGAUCUGCAGCCACAGGAGUCCCUCUUUUGCUUUGUGAUUAUGAUUCGCACACUCGAAUGGUAUACUCUUGCCCCUCUCAUUAUCAUAACAUAACUGAUGUUCCAAACUUGCUUUGUCCUUCGUGCAACAAGAAAAUGACCGGUCCAUUGUAUUAUGUUCCUCCGUCGCUUGAGAACACUGGGCUGGUUGAAGGAGGAUUUGUUAAGAGUUUUGUGAGUUUCAUGGUGACGGAUGAUUUGGAGUUUAUGCCCAUUUCUCCUGAAAAUUUAUUUUCUUUGCUUAACAAGUCCAACGUUGAGGAAAUUGAUGCACUUGAAAAGAUGGAUGUGGAACUGGGGGCGGAUGAGGGUCUAAAGCUGCUGAAGUUAUCAUUGGAAUGCGAAAAAGUCUUAACAAGUUUGUAUCAGGGCACAGUACAAGAAGCACCGCACCGCAGAGAGACUUUAAUGGAGCCGGAAGCAUCGCGGCGUUCGUAUCACAGCAGAAAGGCUUCAAUGGAGCUGCCAGCACCGCAGCAUUUGUAUCACGGUAGAGAGCCUUUAAUGCACUCGAUCCCACCUUGUGCACAAUUAGAACGUUAUUAA